GUGACGUGACGUUGUGGACGUGUCAUUCGCGGACGGCUCGUUGGCGGCGUUGCGCAGGCUCUUUCUCGCGAAAAGUCCUAUUGGAGUGUUACUAAUGAACAAAAGUUGAAUGGUUUUAGCCGGAUUGAUCAGUUAAUAUUUUAGUUAGGGUAGUUAAUUCGCAAUAAAUCAAAAUGGGAAUCAAAUUCCUCGAAGUUAUAAAGCCGUUUUGCAGUAUAUUGCCAGAGAUAGCAAAACCAGAAAGAAAGAUCCAAUUCCGUGAGAAAGUAUUAUGGACUGCAAUAACUCUAUUUAUUUUCUUAGUAUGUUGUCAGAUCCCCUUAUUCGGUAUAAUGUCGUCAGACAGCGCGGAUCCCUUCUACUGGAUCCGUGUAAUCCUUGCAUCAAAUAGAGGAACUCUUAUGGAACUUGGUAUAUCUCCUAUCGUCACAUCGGGUCUUAUCAUGCAACUGUUAGCUGGAGCUAAAAUCAUUGAAGUUGGUGACACACCAAAGGACCGUGCAUUAUUCAAUGGAGCACAGAAAUUGUUUGGUAUGGUGAUCACUGUUGGUCAGGCUAUUGUCUACGUAAUGACUGGCAUGUACGGAGAGCCCAGUGAAAUUGGAGCUGGUGUCUGUCUCCUCAUCAUCAUCCAACUGUUUGUUGCUGGUCUGAUCGUUUUGCUGCUCGAUGAACUGUUACAGAAAGGAUAUGGUCUUGGCUCCGGUAUUUCCCUGUUCAUUGCCACAAACAUCUGUGAAACUAUUGUCUGGAAGGCAUUCUCCCCUGCUACCGUUAACACUGGUCGCGGUACUGAGUUCGAAGGCGCAGUGAUUGCACUGUUCCACCUCCUGGCCACUCGUCCGGACAAGGUGCGCGCGCUCAGAGAGGCCUUCUACCGCCAGAACCUCCCCAACUUGAUGAACCUCCUCGCUACCGUCCUCGUCUUUGCUAUCGUCAUAUACUUCCAGGGCUUCCGUGUAGACCUACCGAUCAAGUCUGCGCGCUACCGCGGCCAGUACUCGUCGUACCCCAUCAAACUGUUCUACACCUCCAACAUUCCUAUCAUCCUGCAAUCUGCACUUGUUUCCAAUCUCUACGUAAUCUCACAGAUGUUGGCUGUGAAAUUCAGCGGUAAUUUCCUGGUGAACUUACUGGGAGUGUGGGCUGACGUCGGUGGUGGCGGCCCAGCCCGAGCCUACCCUGUGGGCGGGCUGUGCUACUACUUCAGUCCCCCGGAGUCACUCGCGCACAUCGCACACGAUCCCCUGCACGCUGUACUCUACAUCAUCUUCAUGUUGGGCUCCUGCGCCUUCUUCUCAAAGACUUGGAUCGAUGUCUCCGGAUCCUCUGCCAAGGAUGUCGCCAAGCAACUGAAGGAACAACAGAUGGUGAUGCGCGGUCACCGAGACAACUCCAUGAUCCACGAGCUGAACCGGUACAUCCCGACCGCGGCCGCUUUUGGUGGGCUCUGUAUCGGAGCUCUGUCAGUGCUGGCUGAUUUCCUCGGCGCCAUCGGCUCGGGCACGGGUAUCCUGCUGGCCGUGACCAUCAUCUACCAGUACUUUGAAAUCUUCGUGAAGGAGCAAGCCGAGAUGGGCGGCAUGAGUACACUGCUCUUCUAGAAUCAUAAUAGUCGUGGUCGCCGCAGACAGCGCUCUGGUCACAGUUCAUAUUUAGCGGGCCGCAGCGCUCUCUACGACGCUGUAGUGUGCGUGGCAACGCGUGUGUGGGUUAUGUGCUAAUUUAUAUAAAUGAACUUUAUAAUAAAAUAAUUUACAAGUACAGACUUUGUUUUUGUAGACCCUAAGCAGGUUAAUGAUUGUUCACAUAGUUUGGUCAUCAAGACACCAUAUCAAUAAUAUUAUCUGUGUUAGACUACUGUUAACAUUGUACACAAUAGAGUUAGAAUCCUCACGAGCAGGCUAGACGUCAAUUAUAACUGGAACUUAUCAAACAAUCUGCAACACUGUCUAGAUAUGAAGACUGAACAAAGGAUGUGAAAUUAGACAUUGUCUCAGCUGAACUCAAC